AGUAGUACUUUUAAUACCAUCGAGAUCGUUUCGGCACUUGUGAGUACAUUAUUUAUGUAAUUCCAAAGCAAUGGUUGUGAUGUCAAAUAUUAUUGGAAUAUCGGGUUGUAUCUUUGCUUUAAUUUAUCUGAUACAUUUUGCUGAGGGUCUUAGUGUGGGUGUACUUCUAGGUGAUUAUCCUUCGCAAGAACAACGAUUUUUAAAUAAUACAAUUUCUCGAAAAUAUUCCAAAGGAGAAUUAGCAUUUUCUGCAAACGUGCAGCAUGUUUCAGUAAUAGAUAGCUAUGGUGCAAGUCUAACAUUAUGUAACGUUUUACGUUCCGGAUUAGGUGUCGCUGCAAUUUUCGGUCCAAAAUACACCCCAGCAACAACAAUUCUUGAAUCAAUAUGUCUCGAAUAUGCAAUUCCAUAUAUAUCAACUUCGUUUCGGCCAAUACCAGUAAAAGAUUACGGGUUUUUCAUGAACUUCUUUCCUGAAACGGAUUACUUCGCUAAGGCAUUAAGUCAAAUAAUUCAAAGUUUUGGAUGGAGGAGCUUCGUAGUUGUCUAUGAAACGGAUGACGCUCUACUUAAACUCAAAGAUAUCAUGAAAUUUCAAAAGUACAGUGAGCAUAAUAAGAAGAAUAAGAUAAACUUCGAGAAACUUGGGCCUGGUCCAAACUACACAUCUACAUUUGAAAAAAUUCAAACAUUGGGUACUACAAAUAUCAUCCUUGAUUGCCAAGUUGAUUUGAUACUGAAUAUACUGGAACAAGCUAAGGAAGCCAACAUGCUCAAUGUAUAUGAUAGUUAUUUUCUUACGAACUUGGAUGCUCAUACGUUGGAUUAUACGGAUUUGAACAGCACUGCAAAUAUAACAACUAUAAGAUUAUUUAACGAUAAUGAUGAAUAUUUUAAACAAUCUGUGAGAAAAACGGGAUUGGCAGAAUUGAUCCAUUAUAGGAAAUUGAAGACUGAAACAGCUUUGUUCUACGAUGCUUUAUGGUAUCUCCACGACACAAUAAAAUUGAUGGGUGUAUCAAUAUUCACAACCCCAAUUAGUUGUAAUGGUACUCAAAAGUUUAGAAGAGGUAUGGAAUUAUCUUUAUCUAUGAAAAAUAGACUUCCUACUUCCGGACUCACUGGACCCAUCCAAUUCGAUGACAAAGGCAAUCGAAUAGACUUCAAUAUUUAUGUGAUUGAUGUGUUACAUGAUAAAUGUAUAGCAACGUGGUAUGAAACUAAUCAAAGUUUAACCGUUCAUUCACUAACCGAGGAAACUGUGGCUGUCGUUACAAAUUUGCAGAAUACUAAAAUUACCGUAGCCUCCAGGCUUGGUAAGCCUUUUUUAAUGUUGAGGGAACCGGAAGAUGGAUCAGAACUAACUGGAAACGCCAGAUAUGAAGGAUUCUCAUUGGACCUCAUAGCUGGUAUUGCAAAAAUAGUAGGAUUUGAAUUUGAGAUUAGCUUAGUUGAAGACGGUAUGUAUGGAAGUUAUAACGAAGAAGAGGAGAAAUGGACUGGACUUAUAGGAGACAUAUUAUCGAAGAAAGCCCACUUAGCAAUUGCUGAUUUAACAAUAACCCAGGAGCGGGAGGAGGUUGUAGACUUCAGCUUUCCCUUCAUGACGUUAGGAAUAAGUGUAUUAUAUAGGACACCAAAUUAUGGAGAAACGGAAACAUUUGCUGUACUCAAUCCAUUUUCUCAUUCUGUGUGGAUGUCGAUUGUAUACGCAUACAUUUGCAUAUCAUUAGUUCUAUAUAUUAUUCUCAGAUUGUCUCCUGAUGAUUGGGAAGUUAAAUACCCAUGCGAUGAAACGAAUGACACCAUGAAGAAUUAUUGGAAUUUGAAAACCUGUCUAACCGUCGCCUUCAAAGGAUUGACAGCUCAAAGCAAUGAUGUCUUACCGAAAGGUGGAUCCGCACGAUUAGCCAUCAGCGUAUGGUGGAUGUUUUGCUUAUUUAUAUCAUGCAGCUACGUCGCUAAUCUGGCGCUAAUGGUAAAUCAAGCUAAUUUGGAAGAAACUAUACAAUCCGUUGAAGAUCUAGCUACGCAGACGAAGAUUAAAUAUGGUUGUGUUGAGAACGGGGCAACAGCAAACUUUUUGGAAUCUGCAAACUCCACAAUAUAUCAAAAAAUGUGGACAACACUUGAACAGUCACCGAGUCUUUUUGCAGCCAACAACCAAGAAGGUACACAAAGAGUAUUAGAAUCUCAGAACGGUUUAUAUGCCUUUUUGAUGGAAUCCACUCAAAUCGAGUAUGAAAUUCACAGAAACUGCGAGCUUAAGCAAGUGGGAGGAUACUUGGAUUCAAGAUCAUUUGGAAUUGCUAUGCCGACCGAUGCUCCUUAUAGAGGAGCUAUAAAUAGAGCUAUUUUAAAACUUCAAGAGGAGGGUACGAUAGCUGACAUAAAACGCAAAUGGUGGAUAGAAAGGAAUCAGAAUGAAGAUGAAUCUGAAUCUUGCGAAGAACAAACACCAGUGUCAACUGAGGAAUUAUCCAUACAACAUGUAAGAGGCUUGUUUAUCAUUCUUGGAGUAGGACUGGGUGUUGCUUUCACAGUAGCUCUCCUAGAAUUUCUAUGGAAUGUGAAGAAAAUAGCCAAGAGAGAGAAAGUUGAUUACUGCGAUGCUUUGAGUGAUGAAUUGAAGUUCGCCAGCUAUAUAUGGACUAACAGAAGAAAAAUAUCCAAUUAAAUAUAUGAUUCGAAAUAACUAGAAAUGUUUUAAUAAAUCUGUUUAAUAGUU